CCCGGCCUAGUCAUGUUCAUUUGGAGGCGGAGACCUCGCUCGUUCUCUGCCCGCUAGUUCGCAACGCUUCCCCGCCUUCCCGGCCGGGUCCCCCGCCUCCACUUCCGCGCUUCCCCGCUGGGUCGGCGGAGCCUGGGCCCGAGGUAUCCGGCUGCUUGUGGCGGUCGCGCCGCCGGGGUCGACCCUCGGGGAGGGGAGCGGGAGGAGCGAGUUUCGGGGGAGGCGGGGGCGCGGCUGCUCUGGUGCGUCGGGUUACAGUCGCCCUGCUUGUUCGGGGCGUGACAUCCACGCGCGCCUCGCUGCGAGUAUCCGGACCGAGGCGCUGAUUCGGGGGAGGCAGAGACUCCGCCCAGGCCCGAGGAAACGGGCGCUUCUGCCCUCUCUCCCCUCGCGCGAGAGGAUCAAUCUAAGGCUAAGAAAUGGCAUUUCAAAAGGCAGUGAAAGGGACUAUUCUUGUUGGAGGAGGAGCUCUUGCAACUGUUCUAGGCCUUUCUCAGUUUGCUCAUUACAGAAGGAAGCAAGUGAACCUGGCCUUUGUUGAAGCAGCAGACUGCGUCUCAGAACCUGUUAACCGGGAGCCUCCUUCCAGAGAAGCUCAGAUACUGACUUUGAAAAACACGUCUGAAUUCGAUGUACUUGUCAUUGGAGGAGGAGCAACAGGAAGUGGCUGUGCCCUAGACGCAGUCACCAGAGGACUAAAAGCAGCCCUUGUAGAAAGAGAUGAUUUCUCAUCAGGCACCAGCAGCAGAAGCACUAAAUUGAUCCAUGGUGGUGUGAGGUAUCUUCAGAAGGCUAUCAUGAAGUUGGAUAUUGAGCAGUACAGGAUGGUAAAAGAAGCCCUUCAUGAGCGUGCCAACCUACUAGAAAUUGCUCCCCAUUUAUCAGCUCCGUUGCCUAUAAUGCUCCCAAUUUACAAGUGGUGGCAGUUACCUUACUACUGGGUAGGAAUCAAGCUGUAUGAUCUGGUUGCUGGAAGUAAUUGCCUGAAAAGCAGUUAUGUCCUCAGCAAAUCAAGAGCCCUUGAGCAUUUCCCAAUGCUCCAGAAGGAUAAACUGGUAGGAGCAAUUGUCUACUAUGAUGGACAACACAACGACGCACGGAUGAACCUUGCCAUUGCUCUCACUGCUGCCAGGUAUGGGGCUGCCACGGCCAAUUACAUGGAGGUCGUGAGCUUGCUCAAGAAGACAGACCCCCAGACAGGGAAGGAGCGCGUGAGCGGUGCGCGAUGCAAGGACGUGCUCACAGGGGAGGAAUUUGAUGUAAGAGCCAAGUGUGUUAUCAAUGCCACGGGACCGUUCACAGACAUCGUGCGCAAAAUGGAUGAUAAGGAUGCCGCAGCUAUCUGCCAGCCCAGUGCUGGCGUCCACAUCGUGAUGCCUGGUUAUUACAGCCCAGAGAGCAUGGGACUUCUUGACCCAGCGACCAGUGAUGGGCGAGUUAUUUUCUUCUUACCCUGGCAAAAGAUGACUAUCGCUGGCACUACCGACACUCCAACUGACGUCACACACCAUCCUAUUCCUUCCGAAGAAGACAUCAACUUCAUUUUGAAUGAAGUGCGUAACUACUUGAGUUGUGACGUUGAAGUAAGAAGAGGGGAUGUCCUGGCAGCGUGGAGUGGUAUUCGCCCCCUUGUUACCGAUCCCAAGUCUGCAGAUACACAGUCCAUCUCCCGAAAUCACGUCGUGGAUAUCAGUGAGAGCGGCCUCAUCACUAUAGCAGGUGGAAAGUGGACAACCUAUCGAUCUAUGGCAGAAGAUACCGUAAAUGCUGCAGUCAAGACCCACAAUUUGAAGGCAGGACCAAGUAAAACAGUUGGGCUUUUCCUUCAAGGGGGCAAAGAUUGGAGCCCUACACUCUACAUCAGGCUUGUCCAGGAUUAUGGACUUGAAAGUGAGGUGGCCCAGCAUCUUGCUGCCACCUAUGGUGACAAGGCUUUUGAGGUGGCCAAAAUGGCAAGUGUGACGGGAAAGCGGUGGCCCAUUGUUGGGGUGCGACUUGUGUCAGAAUUUCCAUACAUUGAAGCAGAGGUGAAAUAUGGGAUUAAGGAGUAUGCCUGCACCGCAGUGGAUAUGAUUUCACGUCGUACUCGCCUGGCCUUUCUAAAUGUCCAGGCAGCAGAGGAGGCCCUACCCAGGAUCGUUGAACUGAUGGGCAGAGAGCUGAGCUGGGGUGAUUCUAAAAAAAAGGAAGAACUUGAAACAGCCAAGAAGUUUCUGUAUUAUGAAAUGGGCUAUAAAUCUCGAUCAGAACAGUUAACAGAUCACUCUGAAAUUAGCCUACUGCCUUCAGACAUUGACAGGUACAAGAAGAGAUUUCAUAAGUUUGAUGCAGACCAAAAAGGCUUUAUUACCACUGUUGAUGUUCAGCGUGUAUUAGAGAGUAUCAGUGUCCAAAUGGAUGAAAAUACACUACAUGAAAUUCUGAAUGAAGUAGAUUUGAAUAAAAACGGACAGGUUGAACUCAAUGAAUUUUUGCAGCUGAUGAGUGCUGUUCAAAAAGGAAGGGUGUCUGGAAGCCGGCUUGCUAUACUCAUGAAAACUGCGGAGGAGAACCUCGACAGAAGAGUUCCCAUCCCCGUGGACCGAAGCUGUGGAGGACUGUGAGUCUGAGCAGUAAAUCCACAGCCAGCAAACACAGGAACAACAAACCAUCAUGUAACAAACCAGAGAUGACUUACACCAUCUAAAAUAGCGGAUAUGGAUAGCUGCCUUGUUUUAACACUGGGAAACGUUCCAAAGCUUUAGGAUGUCAAUGUAUACCCUUUAAUUUGUAUUUGCCAUUCAAUCAAGCUUCUUAAAAGUGUAUUUUAUCUUUUUUUUCCUCAUUUUCAAUGCACACUGGUUUAAUGUUUUGCAUUAAUUUUGUGACCUGUUAGACUGGACAUGCUCCCUUUUUGUGUGUUUAUUCAUUUAUUCUAAGUCAGUUAUAGAGGCAGAAUAUUUUGGCAGAAAUUGAAAAAAGAAGCUGGAAACAUUUCAUGAUUUGCACAACGCUCUGGACAUUAAGCUUGUUGAUAGUAUUUGUUCUUAAAAGGAAUUGAGUGGGGUGGGACCUAUUAAAACGAUAGUGUUUCUGGGGAGACCCCUCAGCCCCUUCUUCCUCCAGCUUGUCUGCCUUCCUCAUCCAGACUUUAUAUCUAGAGCGUGACUGGCAAAACUGGAGAAGGAAGAAAAAGUUUAGAUCUGGUUAUAGGAGCAAAUCUCAGAGAAACUCUGAAAGCUUCCAGAAUCACAGGUACAAGAUAUAAGGAUAGCAUUGACAUUUGCUGGGAGUUACAGUGAUAGUUUCAUCUCAGCAAUUCAUUUUUUUUCCCCAGUCACUGCUGGUUUUUCUUUGACUAUUACAGUUGCCAGGAAGAUCCUUGCUUUUCUUAUUUUAAAACCAGCAUUUAAGUGGCAAGUUGGAUACAUUGGGAUGGGACUAAAUUUCUCAAAUCUUUACAGUAGUAAUAAAUUUAAGGAUUAAAAACCUGUGUUUAUAUGUCCACAUAUUAUAGCACAAUUUUCAAUCCCCAAAUCCUAGAUCUUGGAGCAUGUGAUACUGUCAAACAUGACCUAUUUUGCUCAGGUUAUUGCAUCAUUUGGGGGAGUAUUUGUAAACGGAUAGUAAAAGAGGAUAGAAAUAGCCUUUAGUUAACUUUAGUUACAAUUAUUUAUAAAAAGCCACAAAAUUGCAGUGUUCAAGGUCAUUUUAAUUGCUUAAAGCCUUUCUCCUUCUGUACUCAAUAGAAAAGUUCUCAAUCAACCAAAAAGAAAAAGAGAAAACCACGCUCAACACACACACACGCAUUCCCCCAUCACACACGUACACACUCACAGAAAGACAAAACAAGACAAAAAAAUCAAUCUGCCCAUACCACUCUCUAUAUACUACCAAAUGUGAAAUAGAUAGCUAGUGGGAAGCAGCUGCAUAGCACAGGGAGAUCAGCUCAGUGCUUUGUGACCACCUAGAGGGGUGGGAUAGGGAGGGUGGGA